AUGCCAAAGGGAAAAGUCAAAAUAGGCUAUCCUAACGAAUCUUUCGUUGGGAAAGGCGCAAUGUUUGCGGAUAUCGCAAAAGAGUCUUUGCGCAUUCGGAUGCAUGUAAACCGAAUAAACGAACUGGAAGAUGAAAAAUUGAAUAAACUUACAAAACUAAUGAAUCGUGACAAACGGGUACAGGAGUUUCUGCUUCAGCGAGUUAUGGACCGUACAGAGCGGAAUAUCGAACAGCUUCGCGGAUAUAGGGAAGUCAUUGGGGCGGACUACAGGGUCGAUAACUUCCAGACGAUGAAACAUGGCUUCAAAAAGAGGCUGGUACAAUCACCUCGAACAGCAAGACAUAUUUCAUUGGAAACCAAAAUAUAUAACGGAGGAUAUCAACCUGCAUACUUUAAACAUGAGAUCCAGAGGAAGAUUCGGCAGGCGGAUCCAAAUGUUGUUCAUAGAGUAGUGAAGAAAAUUCUUAAAGAACAAUGUCAGGAAGAAUCCGGAAAAGUUCUGGACCGGAAGUUGUCUGAUAUGUCGUAUUAUCGAACGCUGAGAGAAAAACAACAGAAAGGUCAGUUUCAAUUGAGACCUCAAGUCCGUCAUCUGGUUCCUGUCUCCAAAAUCAACAAUAAACCUUACAGCCAAAACCACCGACUUCAGAACUUUCCCGUAAUACACUGAACAGUCUCAAAAUAUAUUAAUUUUCUGGAGAACAUUCCACAAUGCUUAGAACAUAUACACGGUACUUUGUUUCAACAAGGGUCAUGUGUAUUGAUGUUUGUGCUUUUGGUCCUAGCCAUAUAACUAAUGAUACACUCGUUGAUGGCUUAUCUAUAGUCCUCUUUUCUAUUUGAAAACAUGUUAAGAAUGCUUUAACUAUUUAGAUGUGUCAAAAGUGUUAAUUUCUUCUAGACCAUGUUUUACAGGUGGUAAUUUUAUUUUCCUGUAUAAAACAUCA